GGCUCCGGGUCUCGCCGCCGCCUCCUCCCCUCCCCCCGCCCCCCGCGGAGGCUCCGGGCCCGGCCGGGACCAUGUUCGCCAGCACUGGCUCCAGUGGGCUUUACAAGGCACCUCUGUCCAAGAGUCUCCUGUUGGUGCCCAGUGCCCUGUCCCUUUCCCUGGCCCUUCUCCUGCCGCACUGUCAGAAGUUCUUCCUGUAUGACCUCCAAGCAGUAAAGAACGACUUCCAGAUUUGGAGGUUGAUAUGUGGAAGAAUAAUCUGCGUGGAUUUGAAAGAUACUUUCUGCAGUAGUCUGCUUAUUUAUAAUUUUAGGAUAUUUGAAAGAAGAUUCGGCAGCAGAAAAUUUGCGUCCUUUUUGCUGGGUUCCUGGGUUUUGUCAGCAUUGUUUGACUUUAUCCUCGUUGAAGCCCUGCAGCAUGCGUUUGGCAUCACGGCGGCCAGUAAUUUGCCUUCUGGGUUCCUGGCACCUGUGUUUGCUCUGUUUGUACCAUUUUACUGCUCCAUCCCAAGAAUCCAAGUGGCACAAAUUCUGGGCCAGUUUUCCAUCACAAACAAGACAUUGAUUUAUAUAUUGGGACUACAGGUUUUUUCCCAUAAGUUUGGCUUCACGAUCUGUAUCAAACGUUCAGAGGAAGUGUCACAGAGGAAGAGCACCAGGGCAUAUCAGCUUUUCACCUCUGGUUCCUACAUCUGGAUUGUAGCCAUAAGUGGACUUAUUUCUGGCAUGUGCUACAGCAGCAGGGUGUUAAAAAUUGAUCAGGUGCUCUACGUUCCCAAAUGGAUGGCCACGUUGUUUUCUUGGACCCUUGAACCCCUCUUUUCGUCUUCGGAACCCACCAGUGAAGGCGGAAUUGGGAUGGGGGCCACAGUGGACAUCCAGAGACAACAGAGAAUGGAGCUGCUUGAUCGCCAGCUGACACUCUCUCAGUUUGCACACGUGAGGCGACAAAGACAGCGGCAGGGAGGAAUGAUCAAUUGGAAUCGUCUUUUCCCUCCUUUACGUCAGCGACGAAAUGUAAACUACCAGGACGGUCAGCAGUCUGAACAACAAGCAUCCCCUCCUCUAGAAGUUUCUGAGGAACAGGUUGCCCGGCUCAUGGAGAUGGGAUUUUCCAGAGGCGAUGCUUUAGAGGCCCUGAGAGCAUCAAAUAAUGACCUGAAUGUGGCCACCAACUUCCUGCUGCAGCACUGACCGUCCUGAGGCCCCGCCACAGGGACAAGCCGUGCAGUGCGGAGUGACAGCGCUGCCACAUCAGCCGGGGAGGACCACACACUCUCAAGCAGUGAUGUCGUCAUGGGUAAAGGUGGCCCCGCUGCUUCGCUGCCCAUAACUACAAGGUUGUCUCAGUCCAUAGUAUCAAAAAUAAGUUUGCCAUUAAAUUAGCGUGGAUUUUCUAUCUUUAUUUUUCUAUGGGGUAUUUUCCUUCAUGGGGAGAAUCAUCACCUAUUCCUAAUGCGUUUAAAUUAAUGCAUUAUAAUUGCAGAUUUCUGUGAGCAGUUAACUAGCACUCUGGGAGGAAAUGACUGCUUUUGUAUAGUACUCUUAAGAGGGAAAGGGGUCACGUUUCUCCAGAAAGGACGUGACAGAUUACUCAGUAUGGACUUUUGUAAUUGCUAUUUUUUUCUCAGAAAGCUUUUUAGAUUGUUAUUGUCUUCCUAAGAGCUCAGCAGUACAUAUCUGUCGCACACAGUGACGUCAGGGGCCUCGGUGCCAACUGAACCUCACUCCAUCUGCAUUGUUCCAGCCUGCCCCAGUCUGGGGAAGUUUUCCCUGCCCCUCCUUACUUCCAUUUAAAAAAACAACAAUAAUAAUAAAGUACCCACUUGAGGUUCUGGAAGACUCCGUGAAACUUAACUGGGGUCAGUUUGCUCAGAGUAUCUAAAGGCAGCCACUCCGCUUAGGGGGUGAAAUGGGACAAAGAGAACAGUGGGCUCCCUGGAGCAGUACGAGAGCCUGAGCAGAGUGCUAGGUGCUGGCCCCGAGUGGUCUGACUGGGUUUUCACCUUUCUGCCCAGCUGCAGGGCUACACUGCCUGUCCCUUACUAUUCACACCAGCCCAUCUGGAAGCAGGUUCUUCCAAGGACCUGGAGCAUUGCUUGGGAUCAAGGCGUUAGGUAGGGUGGAUUACAGAGUAUGCCAGUCAGGAAGAGAAAGGUGGGCAGUUAGGAGAUGGGCUGAAAAUGAGCAUUUAAAAGAGCUAGAAUGCAUCAAUUAUCAAGAUUUAAGGAAAUUGUGCAACUGUUGUGUUCUGCAGAAUGAGCAGAAGUGUAUCAAAUUGAUGCAAAUUUAGACCUGUGUGUUACAAUAAAGUUUUUAAUGUGUUUUACUUCUCAGUAUUUUUUGUUAGAUGUAGCCAAAUGAUUUUGUUCUAAACUGUAUUUGCCACAAAAAAAAAAAAAAAAAAAAAAAUUGCCAGACUGUUCAUAUUUCCUUGGUGGUUUUUGUUUUGUGAGAAGCACUUGUGUUCCUGUAAGUAGGACUGGCCCCAGAACAUCACUAGGUCAGUGGUCUUACCAGGCCAAAACUUGGAAACUCAAGGGUCGUGAGCCACCUUCAUAGGCUCAUUGGGGCCAUAGAGCUGCUCGGAAUAGGCGUUCAGCCAACAUUCUGGAAGCCCAGCUGGCCUCAAGCACAGGUGACUGACUUGAAUCUGCAGUUGAAUUUCUCCAUCCCAGGUUAUAAGGAAUAAUUGGUGGGAAUGGAGAUUGCCUUGACCAGAUUCACUGACCAAGGAUGUGGUAAAGAGAAACUGAAAUUUCUGUUACCUCUGAGAUAAAUUUAAAUCCAUCCUCUGUACUUCCUGAUGCAGAGGGUCACAGGCAACGAACAACCCAUAUCCAAAAACGCAGUGUCUCUUAUGUUCCUUCUCACGUUGAGCACCAGCAAAGUAACACCAAACCAGGGUCACAGUUCUCACUCACACGAGAUUUCCAUUGCUUCUCUCCCAGAGGAUGGGGAGCCAAAGCCUCACGGUAUCACUAUUGACAAGGUGUCGAUUGAAAAGGAUUAACCAUUCAGCAGCUCCUGUUUGUCUUUGAAUCCGGACUCCCUUCUAAAUGCAAUUACAUUUCAGAGACCCUUGUCCUUUCGAAAGGAGCCUUCGUGGCCCUCUAAUUCAAUUAUUUUACUUUAAAGGGUAGAAAGUCGAGGCCUGUGUAGCUGAUGUAACCAAAGGGCACACACCUAAAUGGUGUCAGGGCUGGGAGACAACCUCAGGGUUUUUCCUGACUUCUUUCGCCCUCUUUCCCAGUUCCUUACAGCUGCUGAGGCCUCUCCUCGCCGAUCAUGACACAUUGUUUCCCAUCCUGUUUGUGCACCUGCCAGCCUUUCUGUGCCUUCAUCACAGCCUCAGGGUCAGCCCUUCUUACCAGUCUGGCUUGUCACUCUUGGACACCUUUUCUUUGCCUGAUUAAGGUCCUCAUCCCCGCCCACUCUGGCUUCCUGUGACACUGAAGGGAACUCGUUUUCCCUACUGCAGGACUUUGAAUACCUGAGAGCACCCACAGCUCAUGCCUGGACACCCAGAAGUCUUUCAGGCUGAUGGGGCCCCUACGAAGGAAAAGCUUUGUAUUCCAUGCACAGAGAUGCCUGACAGAGGGGGGCGCCAGAGAGCCACUUGAUUCGGUUUCCUAAGGUCUAGACAAGAUGGUUGAGGCUUUUGGUUUUGUGUAAAUGGGUAACAGAUGGGGCUAAAUUUUCAAGUGAGCAGAUUUCGCAUUGUGAGAUGAGACGAGGAAGAGAGGCAGAAAUAUCUAUGACGAACCCCUCUCCCUUCCCAAAUUAAGGAAAACUUACCUCUGAAGUCUAAUCCAUAAAUCUAGACUGAGUUUAGGAAGGUAAAGUUUUUAGGGAAAUUGAGCAUAAAAAUAUGAAAGCAUUCCAGUAUCACUUAGAAUGUUUUCUUAGCCCCUGAGCUUAUAAUAAUAUGUACCUAUAACAGUUACUAUUAAAUUGAAAUAGAAACAUCUAGAACCAUAAACCCUAGAAUGAUUUUGUUUUCUUUUAACCAGAUAGCUUAAGUCAUUUUGAAUUUUGUCCGAGUCAAAAGGAUCUGUUCUGCACUUCACAACCCCUAGCCCUGUUUUUUAAAGAGUUAGACCAAGAACAUCAAGACAGGCUUUCUAGCUCAAGCUAAAAUUUUAGUUCUGAAAAUGAGAUCUUAAAUGUAGGAAGAACUACCAGAAUCAUGUGAAUUUACUGGCCUGCUUGAUAUAGCAGUAACUAAUGGAGAAAUAAACACCGAUAGUUCAGUUCUGAUGGUGCCACUCAUAGGGACUUGAGGCAGAGGGAAUGGGGCAGAGUGGGCAUGGUUUGAGAGCGUAGGGGCAAAGUGGUCGUAGAUGUUGGAAAUCCGUCUGAGAAGAGGCAGGGAUUAGAGAAAUAGAUGGCAAGCCCUACCAUAGUGAUAGCAAAGAGUAAAUUGGAUGACUGGGAAUAUGGAGGGAGGAGAGGGUUAAUGGUGGAAUCUUAAGGAAUUCUUGCAUCUGGAAUAGAGGAAAAGAGCCAGAGGUAGGAAGAGAAUCAGGCGAGGGCAGCACCGUCAGGGGAGGUAAGAAAGUCAGGGGUGGUCGGCAGUGGCUGGGAGUAGUCAGUGCUGGAGGGGGAGGUCACAGUGGUUCCAGCCCAACGAUGGCAGACUCUGUGGAACAAGAGGUGGAACCUGAGUACAAGUGAGAAAACACUUGUAUUGGGCCACCUCGUUAACGGCAGUAUUCCGGUCUGCUGAAUCUUCUACACCAUGGGAAUUGCAGAGGUUGUAGCGAUUUAGGAAGGAGCCCUGGUGAUGUAGGGCUAAGAGCUCAGCUGCUAACUAAAAGGUCAGCGGGUGGAACCCACCAGCUACUCCACAGGAGAAAGAUGCAGCAGCCUGCUUCCGUAAAGAUUCCAAAACCAAAAACCAAAGCCACUGCCGUCGAGUCGAUUUCGACUCAUAACGACCCUGUAGGGCAGAGUAGAACUGCCCCGUAGAGUUUCCAAAGAGCGCCUGGCGGAUUCGAACUGUGGACCUUUUGGUUAGCAGCUGUAGCACCUAACCACUACGCCACCAGGGGUUCCUCUGUAACGAUUACAGCCUUGGAAACCCUAUGGGGCAGUUCCCUCUCUCCUAUAGGGUCUCUAUGAGUCAGAAUCAGCUGUACAGCUAUGUGUCUGGUUUGGUUUAGCGAUUUAGGUAGGAGUGCAGUCAGUACCAAGGAGCUCAGCUCGCUGGAGGCACAGUCCCCUCCUAGUCUCUUCAGGCCAGCCCACAACUUCCCAUAAAAGCUGAGUUCUGCGACCUCCCUGGGAUGUUCUGAGCUGUCCUCAGAGUUGAGUAGACAGAGAGGAAAGGCGAGCAGCCCAGAUCCUGAGGGAGGAGGAGGAUAGAGGGUCUUAGACAGAAAUGUACACCAGCAUCUAGUUACCUGGAGACCCAGCCUGGUCCUCACCCGAGUACACAAGUAGUCUAGGAACUCUGGGAUUGCUCCAAGGUCAGGGGCAGGGGGCUUUCCCUGAGCAGUGACGUGGGUAUCCCGGGCCUCCACCUUCGCAGCAGAGGAAAGCAGAGCGGGGCGGGUUGCAGUACUGCAGUGUGGCCCGGUAUCCAGUCACUGACACUAGAGAAAGCCUCGAGUCCCCACCUCUUAGCCCACAGGCAUGAGAAUUCUGUAGUCUGACCCCUACUCUGCCAGACUGCUUACAGCGCCGCUGCUGAUGCGGCUUCCUCAGGUGAGGCUGAGACCCUUUCUCCUGCGCGUAGUGUCUCCCUGUUCCUGAAUUUUGACAUUCACAGGUCUGUAGUGUGUUUGAACUAAAAGAACGUGUGUCUAGUUUAAGCCCAUGUUUUACAGGUGAGGAAACAGGGUCAGAGAGGCAUGGUAAUGUGGCCAAGGUCACAGGGGUGACAGUGAUGGGCUUGCUCUCCUAAGGGUCCCUGAGCCCCUUGAAUCAUUGUAACCCCUCCCCACAUUUAGCGUCUCUCACUGUGGUGUCCUCUGGGAGGGGGGGAGUCCCCUCAGCCCCUUGCCACCUACAAAGAGAAGGAGGAGAAAAGGAAGUUCCGUCUCUGUCCAGCCUUCAGAAUUACCCCUUGGGCUGUCCAGAUUUCCUCACAGGUUUUAGCUCUGACCAACAGCGGAGCGUCUGUUUUAUCCCCUGGUGUAGACUGGCCUCCCUGCUGUCUGCAGGAAGAGGGAACCUCUGAGGGGUGCUGCAGGGGAACAGUCUCCAACAGCACAAGGACAGGCUUUCUCCCUGUGGCACCAGAAUUUCC